AUGCCGCCCACACGCCCCAGCACCGCGACGGCCACCCCGCCCUACCCCUCCUCACGGCCGGGAUCGAGCCGCCCCGACUCCCCCGCCAAGAGCGCGACGGCCAAUUCGUCACUGAUCCUGAGGAAGCAGCUUAUGGCUGACGACAGACCGACGGAUACGCUUUGGGAGGGCGCUAUUCUCAAGGCGCGCCUCAUCUUCCCUCCUCCUCUGUUCCGUGACGAGCUACUGGGGUUUCCUGCACGAGCUGACCAUCAGGAAUACCCGCUGCUCCCGCCCAAGAUGGUGUUCGACUCGGAGAUGUGGCACCCGAACAUCUAUAACACGGGCGCGCGCAAGGGCGAGGUCUGCGUGUCGAUCCUGCACGCGCCAGGCGAGGACCAGUGGGGCUACGAGGACGCGGGCGAGCGCUGGCUGCCAGUGCACACUGUCGAGACUGUGCUGAUCUCGGUCAUUUCGCUCCUGUCCGCCGACGUGCCCGACCUCAACUCGCCCGCCAACGUCGACGCCGCCAAGGAGGUCCGCGAGGACUACCCCGCGUACAAGAAGAGGGUCAAGCGCCUCGCGCGCAGGAGUGCAGAGGAGGCGUAUGACUGA